CCAAUCGUUCUUGUGUUGUCUGUAAGACGUCGUGUUCUCUGAUGUUUUGCUAAACAGACAAAGUGGUCUGUUGUUUUUUGAUUCACGAUGGUGAGACUGAACAUUGAUCUUAUCUCCAAGACAUCCAGUCAUGGACGGAAAAAGAGAGAUGAAACUUUACAGCAUUACCUGAAGAGACUCACACAUCUGUAUUUUGCUGAGAAAGGAAUUGACGAAAUUGAGGAUCUUUCACAGUGUAGGAGUUUAUCAGUGUUGUAUCUCUAUGACAACAACAUAUCUAGGAUACAGAACGUAGGAUGUGCGUCCAACUUGACACACCUUUACCUUCAGAAUAAUCAAAUAUGCAAAAUAGAACAAUUAUCAUGUCUUAGGAAACUAUCAAAAUUAUAUCUCGGUGCUAAUCAAAUAACAGUUGUGGAAGGUUUUGAAAAAUUAGACCAACUCAAAGAGUUGCACAUUGAGAAUCAAAGGUUAGCCCCAGGAGAGAAACUUUUAUUUGACCCAAGGUCACUGGUAGCUUUAUCAGCGUGUUUACAAGUAUUAAAUGUCUCCGGCAAUAAUUUAGAUGAUAUUAAAGAUUUGCAAUUACUAAAAAACUUAUCGCAGUUCAUGGCUUGUGAUAACUCUCUGCGAGACAUGAAGGUCUUAUCCAUGGUUAUAGGGAGUUGGAGACAUCUCUGGAGGCUUGAGUUGACUGGUAAUCCCCUCAGUCGAAGAAGUAAAUAUAGAGACAGAGUUAUUGUGAUGUCUGACUCAUUAGCGAUUCUUGAUGGAAAGGAAAUCAACGAUACAGAAAGAAAUUUUCUGAUGAAGUGGAAAAAAGCAAAAGAUGCUAAAAAGAAACAGAGGAUAGAAAGUCAAAGUCGAGCCAACAUAGGAGAUGGCGAAGCCGCUGAUCUCCCUCCUUUACAACUACCUAACGCUCCAGUCUACAGACAUAAUGUCUAUGUCAUGCCUGGACUGCUGAGUCACAAGAAGGAAUUUGAAGCCAUUCUCGCCAGGUCUGCAAGUAGUCACAGUGGUUCGGCUGGUACGCUUCGUGGUCAAUCAGCGACAACUAUUCCAACACAGACACCGUUUAGGCCGUCACCACCGAGGAAGAGUUACAGUGAUUUGGAAAAACCACCAAGGAAGUAUCCUAAAGUAUUUGCUGGAUCAAGGAAUACAUCGGCAAAAGAUAGAGAACGAAUACUAGAUAAACCAACAACAGAGGUUGAGUUAAACACUUCAGGGCACAUGUUGGCAACAUAGAUACACACAUGCAGUAUUCAGACGCUUUAUACAAGGUGUUAUAUACAUUGAGUAAUGUUUCUGUUUUCAUUUGGUGUACUUGUGAUUCCAACCAUGGAAUAGUCAUCACCCAUGGUUACUAACUAAAGUAACAGUGCAGGCGUCUCAUCACCCAUGGUUACUCAAGCACAUGAAACACAUAUCUCAUCACCCAUGGUUAUUUAUGUAAAAGCGUUCAUAUCUCUUCAGCCUUGGUUACUUAGUAACAGUGUACAUGUCUCCUCAGCCAUGGUUAUCUAUGUGUAUGUCUCUCUCAUACAAUGUACGUCUCUUUCAGAGGUCAAAAUGGUAUAAAAUUCACCAGUGCCUUUAGUGUGUUUUUCAAUUUUUCUAAUUUGUACCAUGUACACUUCUUUUAUAAAGCACUGCCCCAGCAUGUUGACUUUAAGUGCACAUUUAAUUAACAAAUAGUAGUAGUAGGAUGUAUAUGUACUGUAUCAAGACGUCAUGAUAUUUUGGUUUGGGUUGAUUUGAUUUAUUCUUCCUUUUUAUUUGGCGAGAAAUAAAUAUUUUGUUUUUUGGUUCAGAAAAUCCUUUUUCUUGUUUCUGCCAAUUUAUUGUAAAAAUAAAAGAGAAAAUAAGAAAAAGAGUAGAAUCACCAAAACAAAACCUUAAAUGUGUAUCUCACUAUUCAACACUGCCAACAUGACUAGAUUUAUCAUGCCAGUAAUUGUGAGCAAACCCCUUCAUGUAUGUUGUAUGUUGAA